CGACGUAGCAUCCGGUGGAUCCUAUCAAUCGACUCGAUCGUAUUCGGGAUUUGUUCGUCGUCGGCCGAGGUUGUUCUCGCUUAUGCGUGCCACGGUGACGAUGUCUGCGUGAGCAUAUAUGACGCCGGCAGAUAUCUCGGGUUUGGCCUAGUUUUCAGCAAGCAAGUAGGAACCAUCACCAUGACCGUUACGCAAACUAUUACUCAGCCUGUGCCCAGUAUUGCGGAGGUCAAGGCAUCAGUAGAUACGGCGUUGAAGUCUUUACAAACAUCACUUCGAGAGCUCAACAGAGAGAUCUGGUCCAACCCAGAAACGGCCUACCAAGAGCAUCGAGCCCAUGACACCAUCUGCGACUUUCUUGAGAAGCAAGGCUUCACCGUCACCCGCCAUGCAUACGGAUUGGACACCUCGUUCGAGGCCAUCAGUGGUUCUGGGGGGCGAAUGAUCAAUUUCAAUGCCGAAUACGAUGCUUUGCCUGAUAUUGGUCAUGCCUGUGGCCAUAACCUCAUCACCACAAGCAGCAUGGCGGCUUUCCUGGCCCUAUCUGCCAUUCUAAAACACUACGGGAUCCCCGGUCGUACUCAGCUUCUGGGCACACCUGCUGAGGAGAAUGGUGGUGGCAAGGCCAAGCUGAUUGAUGCGGGUGCAUACAAGGAUGUAGACGUGUCAUUGAUGGCCCACGCCGGGCCUAAAGAGCUCUUUCCUGGCGUCGUAACGGACGGUGUCGGCGGAGUGCUUAUGAAUGCUCGGAAAGAAAUCCAUUGCGAGUUCACCGGCCGGAGUGCCCACGCCGGCGGCAAUCCCUGGGAAGGAGUUAAUGCUCUUGAUGCCCUGGUGACAUCCUACAACAAUGUGGCCGUGUUACGCCAACAACUCCGUCCGGAUGAGCGUAUCCACUGUGCCUUCCUGGAUACCCCUAAGGUGGCCAACGUGAUUCCCUCCUACACCAAAGCGUACUGGCAGGUUCGGAGUCCGACAUUGAAAGGGUUGAACCGGUUAAUGGUCAAGGUCCGGAACUGCAUCGAAGCUGGGGCAUUGGCGACGGGGUGUGAAGUUAAGAUUAUCGAAAACGAGCUGUAUACCGACAUCAAGAUCAACGAUACCCUGUGCGACCGGUAUCAAGCGCACAUGGCCAAGUACGAUCGGAACGUCCUCAAGCGACACGAGAAGGUCUUGACGGGGUCGUCAGAUAUUGGCAACGUCAGCUACCUCGUACCGACGCUGCACACGAUGUUUGGAAUCACGUCCGAAGAGGGCUCAUUUCCCCAUCAUCCCAGCUUUGCUGCAGCUGCUGGAACGGACUUUGCUCAUGAAGAAGCAGUGAUUGUGGGCAAGUCCCUGGCACUGAUUGGCUGGGAGAUGGUGACGAGUGAUGAGUUGUUUGGGGUUGCGCAGAGGCAAUGGAAGGAGUGUAGUCAGGAGUAG